CAACAUGUCAUAUCACGCUUCUCAUCUACUUGCACCACAUCCUGCCACCUACGCAAUCCACUGACCACCACCGCCAACGCCAGCUCUGCUCCGUGCAAUGCCGUCUGGCCUUGCCAUGCCGUGCUGCAGAGUCUCUGAACGUAACGUGAUGACACGCGCCAGUCGAUUUCGCUCUCCAGCCGGCAUGGCAUUAUGGAACGGACACGAAGCAUUGUGAAAAAUAAGAAGGCAACUAGGGAGACGGGAGAGAGCUCAGUCGGUUGUUGUAGCAUUAGUGAGUGGAGUCGGUUGGCAGCGUGUGAGUCUAGGUGCGCUGCAGUGGAGUGUUCAGCAGCUCGAUGUGGAUUGGCCCAAAGUUAGCGAUCUCGUCCUGCAGUGGUCCGAUACUUGGAUUUUCCCGAGAGGAGAACACUGACCAAGGGCAGAAAAGAGGAAAAGAGGUCUGAUUCGCUCGCCACUCCACAAGAAAAGGCCAUCCCGAGGCGACAGGAGAACCACCAGGAGAGAAUGAAAAUGAAGCGGGCGGCGAGGUGAGGGCGUGACGUUGUGGCGGUGUGGCGUGUUGAUGGCAGAGUGGAGGCAGCAUGGUGCGGGUGGCGAGGCUGCGGCUCUCCUUCCUGUGGCUGGUGGGGGCGGGGCUCUUCCUGGCGGCUGGGCGAGGCGUGUGGUCUUCCCUGGUUGCUACCCUCGACAACUACCUCAGCCAGCACGUCAGUUAUGGCUUCCAGGAGGACAUGCCGGUGGGUCUGUCCAUCACCACCAAACGUGAGGUGUCCACCGUGCCUCUCAAGUCGAUGGGCAAGUCGUCAGGUGAGAGAGGUCCUCAGCAGGGCGGCAAGGGCGAUAAGAUUGUACUGUUCUGGACAUCGUGGUUCGGCAAGUCGUGGUGGGUGCGGCUGGGCGGCGGCAUGGACCUGGGGGCGGCGCAGUGUCCGGAGACUCGAUGUGUGUUCACCCAUGACCGCUCCACGCAGCACGAGGCCGCCGCGGUGCUCUUCCAGUCUCAGGGCGUUGAUGUGCAAGACUUCCCCCGUGGGCGCGAGUGGUGGCAGCGGUGGGUGUGGGUCCACGUGGAGGCACCGCCCGCUUCUGCCGCCGCCUACCGCAAGCUUCACGACCGCUCCCUGGAGGAAGCCGCCCCUCGGAACCUAAGCAGUCUCUUCAACUGGACCAUGACUUACCAUCCCGCGUCAGAUGUCCUGGAGCCUUACGGGGCCCUGCUGCCACUGCCUGACCGAGGAGAAGGACGCUCCACAACCAGUCCUGCUACCUCCACCUCCACCUCAGCAGGCUCCACAGUCCCUCCACCACAUAACAAUCUUUCCUCACCUCUUCGCCCCACCUUCCUCAACUCCUCCAGCUCCCCUUACGUGGCCUACCUCUCCGCUCUUCGCCUGGGAAAAACUCUGCCUCGCUUGCUUCCCCUUGGCUGGUCCCACUAUGUCGACAGGGAAGUAGCAGACCAGUCGGGGGAUUCCUGGGAAGCCUUCCUGGAGCGGCCUCGUCUGGUGGCGUGGAUGUCCUCCCACUGCCACACCAUCUCCCGCCGCGAGGACUACGUGAGGCGCCUCCAACUGCACGUUCCUGUGGACAUCUACGGCGCGUGUGGCCCCCUGAGGUGCAGCAGGAGGGAGGAGCACCGUGGUGAUAGGUGUUGGCGGCAGGUGCUUGGACCCAAAUACCUCUUCUACUUGGCCUUCGAGAACGCCCUGUGUGACGCUUAUGUGACGGAAAAGCUGUGGAGGCCGCUAGUGCACGGCCUGGUGCCCGUAGUGCUGGGGGGCGCCAACUACACGGCCAUCCUGCCACCCAACUCCUACAUCGACGCCGUCAGCCUCACGCCACGCCAGCUGGGCCAUUUUUUGCGCCGCCUUCAGAAGACGCCUCAAGAAUAUGCUGAAUACCAUUUGUGGCGGGCUUUUUGGAAGCCGACGCUGAGACCGCCCCUGUGUGAGCUGUGCCUCAGACUGCAUGGCAAGGUGAAGGGGACCACUCAGCGGGACCUGGCGACUUGGUGGCGGGCGGCGAGCCAGUGCCGCGCUCCGGUCUGGACCUGGGCGUGAAAAUCUUGCCUUCACUCUCCCUCCCUCGCUUAGUACUGCUGUUCUGUGCCUCCGACAAGAUGCAACAUUUCCUCGUACAGGCGCGGCAACAAAAGUUGCUUGCACGUAUAUUUUGAAGACUUCUUUUUUACCAUUGCAUUGA